AUGCGACACUCCACCAGCGCCAUACAUCGUCUCUCGCCGCAAAAAGUUACAGACCCAGAUCUUAUCGCCAUACGUGCGAAGUUACUUAAUGCUUUUACUGUUAAGGCGUCCGCUCUCGUGACGCCGCCGGCCACCAACUUGUCUCCUCCGCAUUCUCACGCCGGUCCGCAUCCGGAUCCGAAUCAGGGUCCGGGUCCGUCCGGCACUAACCAGCGCUCUCGCUCUCGCUCACGAUCAUCUCGACACCGACGAGCCCGCCGUCUUUCUAAACCGCGGAUAGUCGUUGGUCCCGAUACCAUUCAUCGACUGCCAUCUGAGCUGGCUCGGUUGCAUCUAUCGUCGCCUCUCAUAAUCUCAAGCCCUUCACGAUUAAAUCUCGCCCGCAAAAUUCAGGCCAUCAUCCCGAAUCUCGAUACUCGACUUCUAAGCUCAGCCGUCGUCGCCGUGCCCUCUCGAAUCUCUAGCAGAGACUGCGUUGUUAGUGUUGGGGGUGGUUCUGCUGUUACUCUGGCCCGAGCCGUUAGCCUACGAAAAGGAAUCCCUCACAUUUGCAUCCCCACGACCUAUAGUGGAAGCGAACUACACACCAGGACGAGGCACGGCAAUUCUGUAACUGAAGAGGAAGCCAGGGACCUUGCAAACGAAGCCAAGACACUUCCAGCCGUUAUUAUUUACGACGACAACCUCACCAUGAGUUCUCCGACACGAUUCUCGGCACCUAGCGAUGAGAAAGUCAUGGAGGACUUUGCUCGAGCCGAUGAAUCGCCCAAAUCCGAAGAUGCCUGUUGGAGCUAUCUCCAUAUCCCAGGCGUUUAA